AGUGCGCGAUAUUAUCCCGGUAUCUUACUGGCUUCCGAGUUAACCAACCCAUUUCUGUCUUAGAUAUGUGUAACCAUGUUAUGCCGGUUUUCAUUGGUUGGCAAACAAGGGAUAGGAGUUGUACGACUUACGUACAUCAAACGGCUGCGCCAACUCUUCCGGGCCCGAAUCUUUUACCCUCCCUCCGAUGCCCGAUUGUUUCGGCCUGAAUAACCUGUAGCCUACUUCUUAUUCGAAUUUCUCAGAUUCCUUCCUUCCUUAAUCCUUACUCAUCUUCAUGUUAUCCGCUUGGAAACCGCUGCACACGGGCCAGAGGCUCUGCAAGUCAUUCUCACGCUUUGGACAAGUUCAACAACAUUAUUCUUUCAGUAAUUCUACGUCAUUAGCCAUGAAUAUCGCUCGCGUUACCGCCUGGGGCAAACCGCCUCAGUAUAUCACCGGGGGUCCCUCUCUCCCAGACCCGUCACCGUCGCAACUCCAGCUCAAAAUGCUAGCCAUAGGCGUUCCCCGCGCGGUGAGAGGUCGCGCGUCUGGGAAGCAUUCCACCGUCGAGGGGGGGCUGCCUUUUGACCCCAGCAUCGACGGCGUUGGGCUAGAUGAGGCUACGGGAAACAAGUACUACAUUGUGCCCUUGGUGGCACCCCUCUUUGCCGAGCGCGCUAAUGUUGAGCGACACCAAAUGAUUCAGCUGCCUUCAGAAGCUGAUCCUGUCACUGUGGCUGGACUAGUGAAUCCCGUCAGCAGCAGUUGGAUGGCCCUGAGUGUCCGCGCAAUUGGCGGUUGCAAGGGACGUACCGUGUUUAUUGUCGGUGCCACGACGGAGAGUGGUCGGCACGCCAUCCGUGUUGCCCGCGAGCUCGGCGCUGCCAAGAUUGUGGGCGCCUCGCGCACUCAAGAAACCCUCAACAAAGUCGAAGGACUUGAUGAGCGUGUCCUCCUCACCGAGCCCUUUGAGGUGCCGAAAACAGUUGGUCCUCUAGACAUUGUAUUGGACUUUGUCGGUGGUCCUACCAACGUAGCUAUCAUGAAAACAGCUGAGAUCCAUGAGGGUUUACAGUAUAUCAGCAUUGGCGGCGUCUCAGGACACGAGAACCUAGAAAUACCAGCCGCCGUACUCAGUAGGCGGCCCAUUCGCAUUAUGGGAUCUGGUAUGGGUUCUUUCAGCAUGCCUGAAGUGAUGAAGGAGUCGCCGGGGUUGGUCAAUUUCCUUGGCAAGAUGAAGAGGCCCGAAAACGUCGUCACUGCUGCUUUGGCUGAUGUUGAGACCGCUUGGGACUCUGCUGGGGAGAAGGAGAGACUUGUCCUAGUCCCUUAGAUGGGAGCGAAGUACCUACAUAUCAUAUUCAUUAGCGGAGGUCAUUAGACCCCAUAGACGUCACCUCUCCCUUACGGCAUCCGUAGCAGGCUAUACCUACAGGUGCUUGACGACUUAACUAAAUUUAGUUUAAAAAAAUACUCUUUCCUCCCUUCGUUAACAAUAGUCGCCCCUUUGAAUACCUAGAUCUAUCUACUUGUUUAGAUAACAAAAAUAAGCCUUAGGAGACGAUUCUGUCUGUCCGAAUUAGUUUGAACUGCUAGAAACGCCAUCUUUCCUCUCUUAGCAUGAAAUCCCUUACGUCCAACCAAAUGUCCGAAAACAUUACUGUCGACCCCCCAGUAGAUGCAGUAAUAGCGACGUGAUUCCACGGGGAACCCCAAAGCUGUCUCUUCCGAAGCUGGCUGCAUACAUAUAUUGAAUAUUACUUGUUUAC